AUGAUAGAUGAUUAUAUCCGAUAUCUAUCUAUCUAUCUAUCUAUCUAUCUAUCAUCUAUUCAUUAUCAUCUAUCUAUCUAUCUAUCAUUAUCUAUCUAUCUAUCUAUCUAUCUAUCUAUCUAUCACAGUCUGUUCAUUAUUAUCUAUCUAUCAAUCUAUCAUCUAUUCUUCAUUCAUAUCUAUCUAUCUAUCUCAGUCUGUUCAUUAUCUAUCAAUCUAUCACAUUCUGUUCAUAUCUAUCUAUCUAUCUCAGUCUGUUUCUAUCUAUCUAUCUAUCUAUCUAUCUAUCUAUCUAUCUAUCUAUCUAUCUCAGUCUGUUCAUAUCUAUCUAUCUAUCUAUAUCUAUCUAUCUAUCACAUCUGUUCAUUAUCUAUCUAUUCAUCUAUCUAUCUAUCACAGUCUGUUCAUUAUCUAUCUAUCUAUCUAUCUAUCUAUCUAUCUAUCUAUCUAUCUCAUCUGUUUCUCAGUCUGUCUAUUAUCUAUCUAUCUAUCUAUCUAUCUAUCUAUCUAUCACAGUCUGUUCAUUAUCUAUCUAUCUAUCUAUCACAUUCUGUCAUAUCUGUUCUAUAUUAUCUAUCUAUCUAUCUAUCUAUCUAUCUAUCUAUCUAUCACAGUCUGUUCAUUAUCUAUCUAUCUAUCUUAUAUAUUCGCGUAUUAUGCAUCCUUUGA